CUUCUUCUUUCCUUCCUCAUCCGCCCUCUGUCGACCGUGUACGUCUGUUUCCAAGGAACGAAGCAGGUCGUCAAAGCAUUGAAACACCUCGUCUCCUCUUAACUCUCUUACUCUCUCGGGGCCCUAGGAUAUUCGAGUGUCGAUCUCGUUUGGAUCUCAUGGUCUUUUGUUUCCUCCCUGCGACUGCUCAUGCGGACCUGUCUACCAGCCAACUUCACCUUCACCCUUCGUCCAUAUCUUUCCUAGUCAUCAGACCCCGUCGAAGACCCCCCACGGUCCGCCAUCAUGUCUGGCGAGGCGAAGUUGCCGGUUCAGCAAUUGGUCAUUCUGGCCAUUGCGAGAUUCGCUGAACCCUUAGCCCUGACUUCCAUCUUCCCCUAUCUCCCCGAAAUGAUUCGCAGCUUCGGUGUAAGCGAGAACGAGAUCGCCAAAUGGGCCGGCUUUACCUCUGCCGUCUUUUCCCUGGCCCAGAGCUUCACCGCCGUCGCCUGGGGUAGGGCGUCGGAUCGUUUCGGCCGUAAGCCGACCAUCGUCUUCGGUCUUGCCACCACCAUGAUUAUGUUCGUGAUAUGGGGCGUGUCGACCAGUCUGCCCAUGGCUAUCACUGUUCGUGUCUUGGCCGGAGCCGGAAACGGGAAUGUGGGUAUCAUCCGAACCAUGGUGGCCGAGAUGGUUACUGAGAGACACCUGCAACCCCGGGCCUUCUCUGUCAUGCCCUUGGUAUGGAGUUUGGGAAGCAUUUUCGGACCUGCCUUUGGCGGCAUGUUGGCGAAUCCCGCCGAGCGCUUUCCAGGCCUGUUCGGGCACAGCGCCUUCUUCAAAGCCUACCCAUUUGCCCUCCCCAACAUCAUCCUGGCCGUCUUCUUCCUCAUCUCCUUGGCCACCGCCAUCUUCUUCCUCAAGGAGACACUCGAGACCCGCCGCGGCCAGAGGGACUGGGGCCUGCUGAUAGGUAAAAAGAUGACUCGCGCCCUUCGCCCGAGUCGGAAACCAACGAGUCGGCCCCGGAGAGCUUCGUUCAUGGACGGCGAAGCCACCGCGCCCCUUCUGCCCACGGACAUGUCUCCCAAGGCUUCUUCUUCUCACCAAACGGCUCCGCAGUCUACCAUGAAGGACGUGUUCACCACCCAAACCGUCAUCGGUCUCGUCGCCUACACCUUCCUUGCCCUACACGCCGUCGCCUUCGACCAAGUCCUCCCCGCAUUCCUCGACUAUCCCGUGCGCGAACAGACACCGGAGAACAGGAGCUUGCCCUUCAGAUUCUCCGGUGGGUUCGGCCUCAAGUCCGAUAGCAUCGGUACCAUGUUUGCCGCGUACGGCAUUUCAUGUGGCCUCACCCAGUUCCUGCUCUUCCCGCCACUCUGCAACCGCCUCGGGGUCCGCAACUGCUAUCGUUGCUGCGCCAUCGCCUUCCCCCUGGUGUACCUUCUGGUCCCCUACACCGUCCUCUUGCCGACUACCAACACCCGCCUCGCCGGCAUGAUAUCCCUCAUGUGCGUCAAAGGGUUCGCCGGCAUCAUCGGCUUCCCAUGCGUCACCAUCCUGCUCACCAACUCGGCCUCGAACCUUCGCAUCCUGGGCACCCUCAACGGCUUCGCCACCAUGUUCUCCGGCUUCGGCCGUGCCCUCGGCCCCACCUUCGCCGGUGCGGCCUUCACAUGGGGCGUUGAGCGAGGUUAUGUCGUCACCGCCUGGUGGCUGCUGGCCCUUGUCGCCGCCCUGGGCGCCGUGCCUGCCUUCAUGCUCGUGGAGGGCCAAGGUCCGUCGUCGAGCGUGGAGAGUAGCGACGACGAGCGGGACGAGGAUGGUGAGCAGGCCAUCAUCGACGAGGACAGCGAGGAUGAUAAUGCGGCAGUGGGUGCACCGCUGCUGCUUGGUCCCUCUCAUGCCACCGGCAAUGGCUCGGUCCGGCGGGCGGGCUACGAUUCGAUUUCACAGAGCAGGUAAGGUCGGGUUCAUGAGGAUAUGGUUCUGCGAUGCUUCCUCUCCCGGGGGAGUCUGUUGAUUCUACACGCCAGUCAUGCCCCACACGAUUUCACGGCCAUGGUAGUACUGUAUCUUUCAAAGCUGGAAAAGGGGUCAGGGGUGCAAGUGGAGAGAUGCUUUGCUGGAACAAUCAGCGUUUAAUAUUGUUUCGCAUCAUGGGAGUUUGGGAGGUUUUCCUGAAAAAGCAGUAUCUGCGAAGUAAAAGUUGGCAAUAGGUAGUAUAAAACAGCAAUGCACACAUAUAUGGAAUAAAUUCAUUGGACACGCAAUCUCGUCUGCAAUAAUAAACGAAUAGGG